AUGGCCAAGGGAAAGAACCAUGACCGCAAGGCCAACCCCGGCUUUGGCAAGACAAAGUCAAAGUCCGGCUCGACCGCCAAUAAGCCCGAGUUCAACAUGAAGCGGGUCAAGGGAGAGAAUUUCUACCGCGACUCCAAGUCGGCCUCGAUGGUCAAGAUGUUGAAUGGCGGGAAGGCUGUGCGGGACAAGGACGGUGUGAUCACCAAGGCGGCGGCGUUCCAGGGUGGUGAGAAGGAUUUGAAGCCUGGACGGGUCAUGCCUGAUCGCAAGUGGUUCGGAAACACCCGGGUCAUCUCUCAAACCGCACUGGACCACUUCCGGACAGCUCUGUCCGCGCAAAAGGCUGACCCCUACUCGGUCCUGCUGAAGCGUAACAAGCUUCCCAUGGGUUUGCUGGAGGACGAGAGCAAGACGGAUGGCAAGCGCCCACACAUUGUCGAGACCGAGCCCUAUUCCAACACCUUCGGCCCCAAAUCCCAGCGGAAGCGACCACGUCUCGACCUCGGCUCACUCGAGGAGCUCGGUCAGUCCGCCGUCAUCCCCGAUGGCGAGGACUCGUUCGGUCUGGCCGGACACGACGAGGCAUCCACCGCCGACGCCUACCACAAUGCCGUCCCCCUCGUCCGUGAAGCCAUUUACCAUAAGGGUACCUCCCGCCGGAUUUGGGGAGAGCUGUACAAGGUGCUCGACUCGUCCGAUGUCGUCAUCCAUGUGCUGGACGCUCGUGACCCGCUCGGCACGAGGUGCAAGCCGGUCGUCGAGUAUCUGAGGAAAGAGAAGGCGCACAAGCAUUUGGUUUAUGUCCUGAACAAGGUGGACUUGGUCCCCACCUGGGUCACUGCUCGUUGGGUCAAGCAUCUUUCCCUCUCAGCCCCCACCAUCGCCUUUCACGCAUCCAUCAACAACUCUUUCGGUAAAGGAGCGCUCAUCCAGCUUCUCCGCCAAUUCUCGGUCCUCCACUCGGAUAAGAAACAGAUCUCGGUCGGUUUCAUCGGGUACCCCAAUGUCGGAAAGUCCUCCAUCAUCAAUACCCUCAAAAAGAAGAAGGUCUGCACCGUCGCUCCCAUUCCCGGAGAGACCAAGAUCUGGCAGUACAUCACCCUUAUGCGCCGGAUCUACCUCAUCGACUGCCCCGGUGUCGUGCCCGUCUCGGCCCGGGACUCGGACACGGACACCGUGCUCAAGGGUGUUGUGCGGGUGGAGAACCUCGCUACUCCCGCUGAACACAUCUCGGCGCUGCUCGAGCGUGUCCGCCCGGAAUACAUGGAGCGGACGUACGGUCUCGAGAAGGUCGAAGGAGGCUGGCAUGGGGAGGAUGGGGCAGCCUUGCUCCUGACUUCGCUCGCCCGCAAGUCAGGCAAGUUGAUGAAGGGUGGAGAGGCGGAUCAGGAGGCUGCGGCCAAGAUGAUCCUGAAUGACUGGAUCAGGGGGAAGAUUCCAUACUUUGUUGCGCCGCCAAGUAGGGAAGGCGAGGGUGUCAGUGGGGAAGAGCCCAUCUCGGGCGAUACCGAGGGCGAGCGGGAGGUGAUGGAGCGCCAGGAGAAGCGGCUGGGCGAGUUGUUGGGCGAGAAGAGGGUCAAGGGGGUAUCACAAGGCCUCAAGGGGGUCAUCACGAGCGCCAAGUUCGCCGGCGACGAUGUAAGGCGGAUAGAGGAGGAGGAGAUCGGUGUAGAGGAUGCAGAGGAGGAGGAUGAGGAUAUGGAGGAUGACGAUGACGAGGAGGACGGAGAGGAAGAGGAGAGCGAGGAAGAGGAGGCGGGAACAGAUGACGAUCUCGCAUGGGAGGAUGUCUUCCCAGACGCCGACGAGAACGAGUCAGAGGAAGAAGAGGAGGAAGAGUCUGCGCCCGCCAAGUCGGCGCCCGUCCCAUCAUCUCGGAAACGCUCUGCUGCCGCUGCGGGUCACGACGACGAGCCUGAGGCCGGCAAGAAGGAGAAGCGGAUGACGACCAACAAGAAGAAGGCUACCAACUACUAUACUACUGCCAAUGUCAAGAACAGAAAUCGGGACAAGGUGGCUGCACCCAAGGCGAUGGGCAAGGACAAGUCGGGCACGACGCGGCGGCGAUGA